UGUAUAUGUAAAUACACGAUGGAAAAUUGUUUCCAUAGCGGUUAAAUUAUUUUUUACACAGAGUAAAUCUGUACAUACAAUGAAAAAUAGUUGAAUCGAAGAAUUAGCAAAUUUCAUUGUACUCGUGCGGAACAUGUCCGAUCAAAAUUGCAGUCUGUAAAAACUUUCACGUUACCAACUCGGCGUCGGUGAACGAUGAUCCCUGAGAAAGACUUAGAGUCAAAGAUGAACUACGUGCAACAGAUGUGCUCCCAAGCCGUGCAUUCGACGCGCGAACAAGACAAAAUGCUUAACCACAUACUGUAUUUAACGAAGAACGCGACGCAUGAACAAAUAUUGAUGCAUAAACCGUACGCGUUGAUCAGCUGCAUCAUAAGACUUCUGUUCUACUAUAACGAAAAUUUUGUGCAGGCCGACAACGUGUGUGAAUGGAAACGGCGAAGGAAAUCUCGCUACGCCAAGGAUUGUUACAAUAGUUUGCUAGAGAUCUAUCUACCUGCGAAAUCGAAAGAAAUUAUGGACAGUACGUUGAACAUGAUUUACGAAGACAAGCUUUGGGACUUCGAGAGUUUCUGCUUCGAGAUCAUGAGCACGUUGCUAGACCACGGUAUCAGCGGGUCGUUGAUGUUCCACAGUAUAUGGGACAAGAUCGAGAGUCCGAACAUGAACGUGAACGACACGAGAAAGAUCAUUAGAAUAUUAUACGAAUUGCUGGACAUCUACGAGUGGCCGGACACCCAGGACACGGUAUACGUGAUCGAGAGGAUAUUGAAUCUUUUUUACAUAUCGAUAACGAGCACCCUGUCGUCCACCAAUUUCGAGCCGUACUCCGCGUUGAAGAAGGGUCUGGAGGUCAGCAUCAUCAACAUCGUGAAGCACGUGUGCAACGAUCAUCUAUUGAUCAUCGUUCAAUUCAUGUGCUCGUGGGCCGUCGAAGAGGGAGUGAACGAUGAAGUGAUCUUAGAAUUUGGCAGCACCCUCGAGUACACGUCGUACAUGCACCAAGUGACAUUGUUGGAGAACACAUUGACGCCGAAAGUGUUCCCGUUGUUAAUGCAAAUGAUAGCGUCCUCCAGUAAAAUAAUAAGUUUACUGGGUAACAGAGUCAUACAGUAUCUGCUCGACCGAAAGGAGAACAAAAUGAAUUUCGACACGCCGAAGAUAUUCUUUCAAGACACGCAGUUCGACCUGAAGAUCGGCGCGUGUUUCAAGGAGGACAAACUGUUUUGUAAACUUCACCGAGAGAUUCUCCACGACAGCCUGUUGAAAAGUAUCAUAAAUCAUUCGACGUCGCGCAUGAACCUGGAGGCGACUUACUGCACGAUUUGUUUGAUCGCGGUGGAGGUCCCCUGCGGGUUCACAGCCGCUGCUCUCGUUUGCCUCUUGAUGAAUUUACAAGACGUCACGCUGAAAUCGAGCAUCAAACGAAAUCUCCAAGUCUCUUACCAUUUGCACGCCACUGUGAUGGCUGUCAUGUCCCUCCUCUGUUGGGUUCACAAAGCUAAAGUGUUUUACGGGUAUGUAAAUAAAAUAAUGUUGGAAAGAGCGCAGUGGGCUCCGCAUUUAAAUCCCCCCAUUCAGUCUCAAUACAAUUUCGCGGCGCACCAUAUACUUUGGAACAAACCGGAGUUAUUCUUCGUCGAUUGGGAGGCUCGUUACGGCUUAUGGAAAUGUUUCCGUUUGAAAGACCACGACGACGAUAUUUGAACAUGUAUAUUUAGUACACGUCUACCUUGUCAGAUAAAGAUGUGCCGAUGUUUCUGAUAAAUUCGAUACUUGCCCAUUCAAACGUCGC